AUGGUGCCGACGAAGAGGUUCUCGGCCACGGAGAAGGGGAUGGCUCGCCAGGAGGGGCCCGGCUCGCCGCCGCCCCCGCCCAAGAGGGGGCGGGGCCGCCCCCGCAAGCACAUCGUGACUCCUGCUGUGGCUCCUUGGGGGCGCGGGCGUACUCCUUCGGGGACCGGUGUCGUCCUCGGCGGUCGCAGUGGUGCUUCCUCUCGCGGCGGGGGCCACUCGAGGUGGGGCAGCCCUUGCACUGAGGGGGCGCACCAUGGUCGCCCGGCCUCCUCGGCCGCGCUUCCAUUCGGCGGAGGUGCUCCUGGAGUUCGUCGUGUGGUCGGAGAGGCCGGCCGACACCUGGCUCCAGCUCCCGCGCUCCUUUGCCGGCGAGCUGCCGGCCACGGGUCUCGUCGGCUUCUAGUUGCAAGCCAACGGCUGCUGCAGCAAGGCCUCAUGGGCCGCAGUGGAGGUUUCCGCCUCGGGCAACGCGGUCCUGGCCCGCGGCUAGCAGAUGUUCGCCUGCGCGCGCGGCCUGAGCAGGAGUUGCACCCUCCACUUCAAGUAUGA